AACUAGCAAUGAUGCCCCCAACUUUGGUAGAGCCUAAAGUCCAAGAGUCAUCCCCCACUUGCUUUUUGUUCAACCUAAUCUUUGGAUUCCACUUAUUUUAUUUUUUCCUCUCUCUGACCCAAGCUAAAAACAAUUAUGCCGAACAUAAUUACAGUAAACUAGGAGCAGAUGUCUUGAGGUGGUGAUGGAGACUCAGAGAGAGGAUUCCGCAUAGGUUGUGUUGGGAAUUACGAUGGAUUUGCUGGACCAGUUAUAAUUUAUAAUUUUAGCGCGUGUUCUCCUAAAGGCCCCUGUUUUUGCAAUGGGAGAAGAGGUUGAGGGUGCAUGAAUAUUUUGUAUUUAAUCUGUUUAUCUGAUCUCCUAGAUAAUCAUGGGAGCAAUUUGCUCAAGGAGGUUCUCCUUUGGGGGGCACAGAGGAGGGAUAUCUAUGAACAGUAACCAAUUACAAAGCAACAUGACUGACGCUAUACCUACUCCACAAGAGGAGCAAGAUAGAGAACAAACUUCAUUCAGUACAGUGGACAACAGGUCUGAGCAAAAGAGAUUAUCGAGAGUGCUUUCUGGCAAAGCCACGGCUGCAAAAUCCAAAACCCAAAUGGUGGCCAAGAGAGGGGCAGCCAAGGUUUCAGAAGUUGGAUCUCUCUUAGGGAGGGCUGGGACACUUGGUCUUGGAAAGGCAGUGGAGGCUUUAGAUACCCUUGGAAGCAGCAUGACCAACUUAAAUCUUUCUAGUGGCUUUGCAUCAGGUGGUGCUCCCAAGGGAAACAAAAUAGCAAUCUUGUCAUUUGAGGUUGCUAAUACUGUUGUUAAGGGAGCAAAUCUUAUGCAGUCUCUUUCAGAAGACAACAUUAGGUUAUUGAAAGAGGAGAUUCUUCACUCUGAAGGUGUCCAAAUACUUGUCUCCAAUGACAUGGAUGAGCUAAUGCGAAUUGUGGCUGCUGACAAAAGGGAUGAACUGAAGGUUUUUGCAGGGGAGGUGGUUAGAUUUGGAAACCAUUGCAGAGAUCCGCAGUGGCAUCAACUGGACCGCUACUUUGAAAAGUUGGGUAGGGAAAUUCCAAUACAGAAACAAUCAAAGGCUGAUGCUGAAGCAGUGAUGCAAGAGUUGAUGACUUUAGCACAAAAUACAGCUGAAUUGUAUCAUGAGUUACAUGCUUUGGAUAGAUUUGAUCAAGAUUACCGGAGAAAACUUCAAGAGGAUGAAUCAUCAAAUGAGCCCGAGAGAGGAGAAGGCCUCGGAAUUUUAAGGAGUGAGUUAAAAAGCCAAAAAAAACACGUGAAGAAUUUGAAGAAAAAAUCAUUGUGGUCAAAAUUUCUGGAAGAGGUUAUGGAGAAACUUGUAGACAUUGUGUAUUUCCUACAUCAAGAAAUUGAAGAGGCUUUUGGUGAUGCUGAAGCUAUUGGAAUUGAGUACCCUGUGAGAAAAACUGGCUCGAUUGUAAGUCAACAGAGGCUAGGAAAAGCUGGGCUUUCUUUACACUAUGCAAAUAUCAUCAACCAGAUUGAUAGAAUGGUUUCUCGCCCAAGCUCUGUUCCUCCAAACACUAGAGACAGCCUGUAUCAAGGAUUGCCACCAAACAUAAAGUCAGCUUUGCGUUCUCGAUUACACUCGUCUACUUUUAAGGAGGAGCCAACCAUUGCUGAGAUUAAAGCAGAGAUGGAGAAAAUAUUAGCGUGGCUUGUUCCGGUUGCAACAAACACCACCAAAGCACAUCAUGGAUUUGGAUGGGUUGGGGAGUGGGCUAGCACCGGGUCUUCUUUUGAUCAAAAGCUGCCAGGUCAAAAUGAACUUACACUCAUUCAGACUCUUCAUCAUGCCUCAAAGGAGACAACAGAAUCAUACAUUCUUGAUUUAAUUGUGUUGCUUCAUCACCUCGUGAACCAUGCUAGAAGCACUCCAAGCAAGUCACCUAUUCGCUCUCCAGUACAAACUAAAGUAACUCUAGGUUUGCCUACCAUUGAUAAGCGAAGUGCAACUUCAAAUGGACAUCUUACAGCUCCUCAACUGUCUCAAGAAGAUAAAAACAUGCUCAAAGAUGUCAACAAAAGGAAGUUGACCCCAGGAAUCAGCAAAAGUCAAGAAUUUGAUACUUUGAAGCCACGAUCCUUUGGCCAAUCUGUUAAUAGACUGAGCAAGAGCAACAGCCAUUCACCAACCAGAAAUAGGAAGAGCGACUCUAAUGAAGUAAGGAGGCAUCAAACUCCUGCAGUUCCUGCAAUUAAUUUUGACAUUGAUAGGAUAAAAGCUUUAGAUGUAAUUGACAGAGUUGAUACACUCAAUUUAUUGUAACGUGUGCUUAAAACAUUUUUCCAAUCUCCACCAUUGAGUGUUAGGAGCCUGAGUUAUUUAGAAGUUUGAUCUUGUAUUUUAAUCACAAGAGCAUUACGAUUAAUGUCUCUUCUUAGAAAUAGUUGUACAGUAUUAAAGUUGUAAUGAUGAAUAACAGGAGCAUCCAUUUCUGAUCAUAUUUGUACAUAAUUAUGAGCAGUGCUUGAGUUAUGGUUGAAAUGUACAAUAUUAAAUGCCAAUUUUAUAUAAAGAAGAUCGAUCAAUUUAAGCUUUUCA